CUCCCGUCCCCCGGACCCUCUCUCUCACUUUAAAAAGCUACGCAUUAUUGGGGUGAACCAAAAAAAAAAAAUCGUUCCAGCCUUUCUUUCCAUUUCAUUGCACUUUUUUUUUUUGGUGCCCCACUCGCUCUACCACGAUGAACUCCCAACACGAAUCCAAGAAAAAGAAGCCAAAGCCGCUGUUUGGCCUGUUUCGAAGCAGCAACAAGCACACCAAAUCAUCGUCAUCAUCAUCAGGAGUAGGUACAAAUACUGCUGUCCCUGCUGUGGGCCCAUCCACUCCUUCACCACCACCACCACCUCCACAAUUGCCUGUCAGUAUGGGCUAUGAUCCAUACGAACCUGUGCAUUCUACAAAACCCGUUGAAAUCUUAUCCAAAAAACCAUCGUCCAAUACCACUACUGCAAGGCGUCCACGGUCAAAAUCAACAGCAGCUGCUACCAACUCCCAACAACAACAACAACGCGCAGCAGCCCAAAGAGCACACAGUGUCAAAGUUCGUGAGCAGACAUUGAGUAAAUUGUGUGGCACAUCACCAACACCAUCGCCAUCUACUUCAGCGCCUCGGUCAACACCUCCGACAUCAUCACCACGUCCGCCCAUGCCGCGUCAGUUUACACCACCAGGCUCACCAGCACUGAAAAAACAUUCGUCUGCCCAUGAUUUACGUCAAGCGAGUCGACACCAGUACGAGGCUAUUCACAAUAAUACAAAUUAUCCGCCAAUGCCGUUCCCGAGCAAUAGCUUGAGUCGGGCUGGAUCAAAUCCGUAUCAACACCAACAACGAACUGCAGCCAACAGUUCUCCAAGGGGAAUGAUGAUGGGAGCAGCACCACCGUCGCCAAGAAUGCCCUUGUCACCAAGGAUGCCGUCACCCUCCCAUUCGCGACAACGGCAGCAACAACUAUCACGGCGGUCUCCCAACAACAGUCAUGACGACGACGACGACGACGACGACGAUGUACCGUUAGCAGUGACGAUGGCAACAACAAAGAGCAAUAACAAUAAUUUGCUCGACGAGGGUGCAGCAGAAGAGGAUGACAAGGAUCUGGUUCCUAUUGCAACUGCGCUGAGUGCCAAGGCAAGAGGCGUCGUGGUGGGAUCGUCAUCGGGAACAACAAUGUUGUCUGCUGCGGAUAAAUACAAACAAAAGGUCAAAGAACAAUUGGACAUGAGCAGCAGUGACGACGAUAAUGUACCCAUUUCGACAGUCGUGUCACGACGGUCCAUGCGUGCUGCAACCUCGAGUCAUGGGCGUCGGAAACAACGACCCGGGCUCCAUGACACAACGUUUGUACCGCAGGCGGUGUAAACCACUCCCAACUCUUUCCUUUAUUAUUAUUGUUAUUAUUUCAUAUGUGUGUUAUAUAUACUAUUGCUAACUACAUAUCACCCAUCCCAUCCCAAAUCCCUUCCCUUCCCUUCAUCGUCAUUCUAGCCCCCAUAUACAUAGCACUGUCCAUGUCGACAUCACAGCAUCCAUUCCACUCAUUCAUGCGUGUAUCCAAUCAUCCCAUUCAUCAUAAUAAAGAACUUGGCCAAGGCGUCUCGGGCCAAGUCCCGUAAUUAGAAAAAAAAGAGCCCCUUAUUGGUAA